AUGGUUUUAAAUUUCAUGAAUUUAUGCAGAGGAAUGGCCUGAUGGCUAUCGACAUGUAUAAUGAUUUGUGGAAAGGGCCUAAUUACACUUUUAGCAGGGAUUACUUGGGGACCUCUUACAUUGAUCAUUGUGUUAUAUCAAGCACUUUUUACAGAUAUGUUAAUGGAGGGAUUACAAAUGAAGAUGAACUACUCAACACAUCAGAUCAUCUGUCCUUAGUUGUAAAUGUAAACUUAUCAAAUAUAAAUGAUUUCAAUGCUGGUAAUAGUGCACCUGGAAAUAAUUGCCGCAAUGCAUGGGAUAAGCUUUCAAAAUGUGACAUUGAAGAAUUAUUUACCAAGGGUGUUAGUCAGGGUCUUGCGGAAAUUAAGAUUAACCUCGAGAAUAAAAUUUUAGAUUGUGACGUCAGUAAAGAGUAUAUAGAUUCUGUGUUAAACCGGGUUACAGAUAUCCUUAAAACUGUUUCCAAUCAUAGAAUUCCCAAAAGGAAAUAUAACAAGAGACUUAAACCUUAUUGGAAUUCUAGCAUUAAAGACCUCUUGAAAGCAAAAAAUAAAAUGUGGUCAGAGUGGAAAAGAAGUGGUAUGCAUCGUGGUAACAAUGUUUUUUGGUUGAGAUACAAAGAUGCCAAAAGAGCAUUUAGACGUGCCUUGAGACAGGCUGAGGUAGAAUAUAAUAUUAAUUGUCAGAAAGAUAUUGAUGAAAGUCAAGAUAUAGAUGCAAGGUACUACUGGUUUUUGGCCAAUAGGCACAAGAAAUCUGGGAAAAAUUCCAAUUGUAUUAGAAAUGACCACGGUAUAGUACUUCAAGAGCCAGAUGCUGUAAGGCAAGAAUGGUCUAAUUAUUUUAGUCAGCUUUUUACUCCAAAGGAAUGUGAUAAUUUUGACAUAGAUUUUAAAGCACAUGUUAAUGCAAUGAUGGACUUCAUGAAGCGUGGAUAUUCAGAGAAUAAUGAUGGCUCUUUUAAUGAAUGUUUUGAUGAGAAUGAUCUGGCCAUGGCUAUUAAAUCCUUAAAUUUAAUAAAGCAUGUGGCAUAGAUGGUAUCUCAGCAGAGCACCUAAGGUAUGGUGGUGAGACCCUUAUCGAGGUCCUUACUAUGAUUUUUAAUUGUAUGUUUAAACUUGAGUAUGUCCCAUGCAGUUUAAAGAUUGGUGUCAUAAUUACGUUAUACAAGGGUAAUAACAAGGAUAUCUUAGACAAGGAUAACCACAGAGGUAUUACUCUCAUGUGUUCGUAUAGCAAAAUUCUAGACAGAUUAAUACUUGAACGGAGUAAACUAUGUGGUGAUUUUUGUCGAUCCAAAUUACAGUAUGCUGCACAGCCUGGCGCUUCUUGUCUUGACACGUCGUUAAUACUAAGGGAGACUAUUGCAAAUCAAUUAGAAAAUGGGUCUGAGGCUUACGCUCUGGCUAUUGAUGUGAAAAAAGCUUUUGAUACUGUGUGGUUAAAUGGCUUAAUGUACAUUUUGUAUAACCAGGGUAUAAAUGGCAAAUUAUGGAAGAUGAUCCUUGAAACUUAUGAAGGUUAUAAAUGGUGUGUCAGAGUAAAGGGUAAAUGUAGUGAAAAAUUCAUUGUAAGUCAGGGC